AUGAAACCAGAGAUGCCAUUCGAGCAGUUACCUGUGUUGGAAAUAGAUGGGCAACAGCUUGCACAAUCGUACGCGAUUUGCCGCUAUUUGGCUAGACAAUUUGGAUAUGCUGGAAAGACACCUUUUGAAGAGGCAGUGGUAGAUUCAAUUGCAGACCAAAUAAAGGACUACAUGAUUGAGAUUAGACCGUUUAUAAAGGUGGUAUGGGGAUUUGAGGAAGGAGACUUGGUGAGUCCUGAGAAGAAUUCUUAA